AUGGUAAAUCUGUAUAGAGAGUUCGAUCCCUCCGUCAGCGAUGUCAUACUUGUAGACGAAGAGGUCACGACCUUGCAGCUUACGCCGCCGCUUAUUGUUCCGCAUGUCCCGGUAGACUCAUCCUCCAAGGCCGUCAUCGCCGGUGUGGUAGCAGAGAACAGUGACAAAGAGCUACCCUUCAAAGUACAAGCACACGACUUCUUCACGUCGCAGACGGUCCGUGGUGCACACGCGUACUAUCUGCACUCCAUUUUGCACGACUGGAGUGAUGAGGAGGGCAUCAUGAAUUUGCAGAGCUUGGUGCCUGCGCUCAAGAAGGGAUAUUCUCCGGUGUUGCUGAAUGAAAUUGUGGUCAGUGAGGAGAAGCCGACAUUGGCGGCGACAAGUAUGGACAUGAUGAUGCUGGCGCAUUUUGCGGUGCGGGAAAGGACCGAGGCCAAUUGGAGGGAGAUCUUAAAGAAGGUUGAGUCGAAGGUGGUCAAUAUAUAUUCCUACCCAGGUGUUACAGAGAGCGUGAUUGAGGCACAAUUGGCUUGA